AAUUUGCGAGAUUGGUUAUCGUAUUUGUGAUGUGCUAUUUGCAAAAAAAAAAACUAUCUACGAUCAUAUCGCAAGAAGAACUGACGAUCUUCUUUAUCGAGUGCUUCAAUCACCUUGAAUAAACAGUAAAAUUUGUGUCACAACUCAAGUGAGCUGAAAAUGCAUCAAAAAUAGUGAAUCACAAACAAAAUUACAUCAUACUUUUUUCCACUGGAAUCCAUUUAUUAGAAACUUGCAUAUAACGUUCCAUUUCACACUGUUAUGAGCAAAUUAUGGCUCAGAUCUUACAUUUUUUAACGUUAAAAUAUACGGAAAAAGAUAAAAUACUUUCACAAGAUAAUAAUAACGAUUAAUUUUCAUUAUCAUUUUCUUUCUUUUGUUUUCUCCUUCUUUUUUCUCUCCGUAAAAUACGAUAUUUUUUCAGUUACAAUCGAAACGUGAAAUGUUUUUCAAAUCAGAAUCGCAAUCUCAGCACAGUCCAAUGGAACCCCCACCGAAUCCACCACACAAUAAUCAUGUAAAUUCAUCAUUGAGUUCGCAAAUAAAUGGUAAUGGAACACCAACAUUGGAAAAGAAUUCAACAAUAAUCGUUAAUAAUCAUUCGAAUGCGAACACACCAACAACGGCAAUGAACAAUGUCAUAAACAGCAUUAACACUAUCAGCUUAAAGGAUGCUUAUAAUCAUAAAAACAUCGAAAACAAUCACCAGGACUCGAAUAAAAUUGUUAGUGAUCGCCUAGAUAAAGAAAAACAAUUACAACAACAACAACAGGCUAUAAGUCGACCAAAGCCAAAGGAGCUUGAUGGUUACGUUGGUUUUGCAAAUUUGCCAAAUCAAGUGUAUCGAAAGGCAGUGAAACGAGGUUUUGAAUUUACAUUGAUGGUUGUGGGCGAAAGCGGUUUAGGCAAAUCAACAUUGAUUAAUUCAAUGUUUCUGGCCGAUAUUUAUAAUCAAGAUCAGCAUCCGGGACCAUCACAUCGUAUUAAAAAAACGGUAGCUGUUGAAACGACCAAAGUUUUAUUAAAAGAAAAUGGAGUCAAUUUAACAUUGACCGUUGUUGAUACACCCGGUUUUGGUGAUGCGGUUGACAACAGUAAUUGCUGGGUUCCAAUUAUCGACUUUGUUGAAGCAAAAUACGAAGAAUUCCUUACUGCUGAAUCGCGUGUUCACCGUAAAGCAUUAAGUGAUAAUCGUGUUCAUAGUUGUCUCUAUUUUAUUGCUCCAUCAGGCCAUGGCUUGAAACCACUUGAUGUUGAAUUCAUGCAAAGACUUUGCGAUAAAGUCAACAUCAUACCAGUUAUUGCAAAAGCUGAUACCAUGACACCCGAAGAGGUACAAUUAUUCAAAAAACAGAUUUUGAAUGAAAUUGCUCAGCACAAAAUUAAAAUCUACGAUUUUCCCGAACCACUCGAAGAUGAAGAAGAGGCCAAAGUUUUGAAACAGCUCCGAAGCCGAGUUCCAUUCGCAAUUGUUGGGGCCAACACAGUCGUAGAAAUUGAUGGUCGCAAGGUUCGUGGACGCAGAUAUCCUUGGGGCACUGCCGAAGUGGAGAAUUUAGAUCAUUGUGACUUUAUUGCACUGCGUAACAUGAUCAUACGGACACAUUUGCAAGAUUUGAAGGAUGUCACAAAUAAUGUUCACUAUGAAAAUUAUCGUUGUCGCAAAUUAGCCGGUCUCGGAACAGACGGCAAAAAUUCACGCCUAAGCAACAAUUUAUGCAAUCAAGGUGUUAUGAACUCGUUUAUGACUGUGUGGAAUCCUUUGGCUCAAAUGGAAGAAGAGAAACGUGAGCAUGACAUGAAGAUGAAAAAAAUGGAAGCUGAAAUGGAACAAGUAUUCGAAAUGAAAGUCAAAGAGAAAAAACAAAAACUCAAGGAUUCCGAAGCCGAACUGACACGACGACACGAAGAACGCAAGAAGGCAUUAGAAAUGCAAAUUCGUGAGUUGGAGGAACGCAAACGUGCUUUCGAACAAGAGAAACAUGAAUGGGAGUAGGUUACAACAUUUAUAUUAUCGAUUAGAUAAUACGGAAGUUCACUCUAAAGACAGACUUAAUGAUUAACAUUGUUCCUUAAAUUGUAUUUAAUAAAUCAAUUUUUUUUAUUCGAUUGUUGAUCACAGCGGACGGCAGUUAGAAUAAGAAAAAACUGAACUCGGCUGAACUCUAUGUCCAGAAAUAUAUCAGUCAUAUAUCGAUCUGUAUAUGAUAAAUGUAAUCAUGAAAAAAUUGUUUCGCCAAUCUAAUGGCUAAUUACUACUUAUGCACGCAAACGUCAUUGAAAUCAACAAACAAACAAAGGAAUAAAUUAUUUUUUUAAGGAACAAUAUUAAUAGUUCUAAUCAUAUAGAUUAGACUAGUCUGUGUGAACUUUUAUAUUAUCAAGAACCAUUAGAGAGUAAAAAAAUAGGGUUGGAUUGCUCGAAAAUUGUGAUUUGGUACUGUAGUGGAUAUAUGAGGAAAGG